AUGUCGUUGGUUAACAUACCUCGCUACUGCGAGGACCCCAACUACAGGUACAAAAUGCCGAGACUACAAUCGCGCAUUGAGGGCAGGGGAAACGGAAUCAAGACAAACAUUUCGAACAUGGGUGAUAUCGCCCGUGCCCUCAAGCGCCCGCCCACGUACGCUACGAAGUUCUUCGGUUGCGAACUAGGCGCAAUGUCCAAGUUCGAGGAGUCAGAGGAGAAAGCCCUUAUCAACGGAGCACACACGGAGCGUGCGCUGACGCAGAUACUGGACAAGUUCAUCGAAAUGUACGUACUCUGCGCCGAGUGCCACCUGCCGGAAAUCGAGGUGCUGGUCAAAAAGGGGAUACUCUGCUCAAGAUGCAACGCGUGUGGACACAAGGGAAGUCUGGACAACACGCACAAGGCCGCAACGUACAUGCUGAAGAACCCCGCCUGCCUCACUGAAAUGUCCAAGCACUCAAAUAGAACUAAAAAGGACUCGCCCAAGGAAGGGUCGACGGAUAAAGACAAGGAAAAGGAAAAGAAGAAAAAGGAAAAGAAGGAGAAGGAGAAGAAGAAACGCUCAUCAGAGGACGGACAGGAGGAUGUCAAUGGAGUCGACGGAGGGAUACAGGGUGAAGAAAUGGAAAAGCUCACCGUUGAAAGUGCGGAAAUUAGUGAUAUUGUCGACCGACUAUACUCCUCUCUUACAGCUGGAAAGUUCGCGGACCCCGCAGAUUUCGUUGAAGAAGUCCACAUGUUGCAACUCUCACAGGAUUUCGAUAACGUAUGCAGAUUUUACGUCGCGUUUUGCGCGCUGUUCAGGGACAAGUUUGAUGUCGCCGCUUUGGAACAAAAAAUGGUUAUGCUCAAAUCGCUGCUCAAAUACGCAGUUCAGCCGAAGGAUAUACUCACCGCCAUGGCAGCCUUUGUAGUCAAAAUGUACCCCCAACAACUGCAGGAAUACCCUUACAUUUGUCGUGCCCUCUACGCCGGCGAUCUAGCGGAAGGACGCGACUUCUGCCGCUUCUACAGCAAAGGCACAAGGUUUGAAGGCUUCCUGGCAGAGGCAUACCUGCGGACCAAGGAAAAGGCGGAACCCUUUGUGACAUGGCUACAGGAAGAUGAGGACGAAGACAGCGAAUCUGACGAUUGA